AUCUUGUUCUGGCCAUGCAAUUAAGGCUUUGUUGUGACAUUUGGUUAAAUGUUGUUCUUUUCAUUAGAAUGUAACAUUGCAGAGUGGAUUGAAUGUUGAAAGGUUCCAAUUGAAGUUUAAGUCUGUGCUGAAAGAUAAACUGGGAAUGAAAUCAAUAUAGUCAUAUAAUGGGAUUUUAUGAUACAUAAAAAUCUAAAUGCAAAAUGCUCAGUGUAAAUUUUGCAUAUUACAUAACAUAUGUAGCAUACGUGAUACAAUUAACAGAUUGACAACAAUAGUGUAAAAACAUCAGGAGUGCCAGGGGGCUGAUGAUGGUUUAUUAUGUCACAUCUAUUACCGUCAGUUGCAGCUAUUGUCAUGCAAUACCUUUAAGGAUUCAUUGGACAAAAGAUGCUUGUUAUGUAAAUGAUGGUUUACAGAAUACAACCUUAGGACAGGAAGAAACAAGAAAAGAUUAUAUAACACCAAAUUUCCAGCCAUUUAUUAUUCAAGAAAGCAAAUGUGCAUCAAAUUUUAGGAGGAAAUUAUCCUGUUUGAAAUAUGCUUUAUAUCGCAAAAUGAGUAAUUGACUGAAUACUCAAAACAUGUUUGAUUUCAAAGUGCAAAGUUUUGUUAAUUAUUCUACACAGCAUACAGAAAAAACAUGUGAUUUACUUUCAUGAUGAAAUAAAAUCUAAUUUCACUAAAGCAAACCUCUUACAUUUUUGUCAGUUAAUUAUUAAGCAUACAGUUCUUUUUUUUUUUUUUUUUUGGAUUUUUCCCCUUUUUCUCCCAAUUUGGAAUGCCCAAUUCCCAAUGUGCUUUUUAAGUCCUUGUGGUGGCGUAGUGAUUUGCCUCAGUCUGGGUGGCGGAGGACGAAUCCCAGUUGCCUCCGCGUCUGAGACUGUCAACCCACACAUCUUAUCACGUGGCUUGUUGAGCGCGUUGCCACGGAGACAUAGCGCGUGUGGAGGCUUCACGCCACCCACCGCGGCAACCACGCUCAACUCACCACGCGCCCCACCGACAACGAACCACAUUAUAGCGACCAAGAGGAGUUUACCCCAUGUAACUCUACCCUCCCUAGCAACCAGGCCAAUUUGGUUGCUUAGGAGACCUGGCUGGAGUCACUCAGCACGCCCUGGGAUUCGAACUAGCGAACUCCAGGGGUGGUAGCCAGCGUAUUUUACCACUGAGCUACCCAGACCCCAAGCAUCCAGUUCUUGAAAACCAACAUGCAACAUUCAAUUCCCACUUUAAACAUAGCUGCAAGUGGCAGUUAUCGAUAUUCAAGCAGCAGUUCAGCAAAGUGGAGAGAAUUACCAAAACUGCCAAAUUUGAAGGAAAAGAUCUGUCAGGGCAAAGUAAUUUCAUUACUAAUUUGUGGGUAUUCUGUCUUGUCAUUUUGAGUUUUCCAAAAAACUUUUUUCAAACUCUUCCGAGACCGUUAGUCUGAUUCACACCAAAUUAUGCAUGCAUCACGUAGAGACCCUCAUGACAAAAGUUUUCCAAAAAAUGUUGAUUCAACAAAUUGAAAUAAGCCAAUUCACUUUUUGGACGUAGCCCAAUUCAUUUAUCGAUCUUCUGAACGAGUUGACGAAUCAAUUUCUUGAUAACUUUUUGUCACAGGGUCUUUAGAUGAUACAUGCUAAAUUUAGUGCGAAUUGGACUAACUGUCUAGGAGUAAAAAAAAAAAAAGAAAAAAAAAGGGGUUUUCAGAAAACCAUCCAUUUGGGUCCAUCCUGCCAAUUUGGUCUCUCUAGGACUUACAGUUUUUGCUGCCCAGACACUUUAAGGGCUGAAAAAGAAUGAUGAUUAUGAUAAUCAGAAUUACAAUAAGCUUUACUGCCAAGUAUGCUUACAUAUACAAGGAAUUUGUGCUGGUGACAGAAGCUUCCAGUGCACAAACAAUACAACAUAUAUAUAUAUAUAUAUAUAUAAAUCAGUACAAAUACAAAAAGGGUUACAGCACCUUUGAUGCUUGGACCCCCUAAAAAUCUAUUUCCAUCAGUUGCACAUCUUGUGUAUUUAACAUUAGCUUCCUUCCAGAUAAUGUGCAUUAUAAACCUUACAUGAAAUAUGAACUAAAGCUAUCUUUUUUUAUUCUUCUCGUUUAAGCUCCUCUUUUGUAGAUGGAGGGUGUUCUGGACACAACGCUCUUUCUAUGCAUGUGCAAACUGACGUGUAGCGCGAUCUUCUACCCUGUAGUCGCGCAAACCAUUACCGCAGUCAGUCUUUGCUGCAGCUGCUUGUUGUUAUUCACUGACCUCGCUAUCACCCUGUUUCUGGUCUACGUCAGGUUGGCAGAGUCCUGGAUGACGCCUUCUCAGGUGUCUUCCGAUGUGGUUGCACUUCGAUUCCUCCUCUUUCUUUGUCAGGCCUAUGGAUUUGUACUGUUGUUGAUGCCACCUCUGAUUGCUGUAGAGUUGUUGGUUAACCUGUUGCACCCACAAAAAGAGAGGACAGAGGGCAAGGAUACGGAGACAGAGCUUGCGGAGGGGGAUACAAGUAGACAGCGGCACCAGAGUGAGUCUCUUUCUAGAACGAUGGGCUUUCUUGGUUGUCUUCUAGCAUGGAGUGUGAGUGGGAUUUGCAGUAGUCAAAAUUGGAUGCGGGGACAGCUCUCGGUGGAAGCCUGUUUGGAAGGAGGUGGUUGCCUCGUAACUUGUCUUCCCUGCGUUUUCAAUGCCUCCUCUUCCGGUAUGGAUGAGAUCUCUUGGGUUCUUCCUGCUAUGGUGCUUAUGUUGAGUCUCACAGGGAGCUUGGGCCUACUCAGGACGAAGCUGGCCCACACUGUACCUGACUCACCAAAAAACACAUCGGCGGCAACGUGGGGCAAAAGGAAGGACUCUGUUGCCCUCGGGCUAAUGCAAAUCCAGUGGCCCACAUUUGACAGAACUGCAGUUCCAAAUGCGUCACAAAGCCCUGGCACAGACACAAAAAAAACAGCCGACAGCUGUGCCGUUCACAGGGCUGAGUUUGUGUACAAUGAGCAGCUAUGGUUCUGUCAUGGAAGCACAGUCCUGUGCACUUACCAAACCGGUUUGGCGGACAGUUGUAUGCAGAAACAAAAGCAAUUAACCAGCCAUGCACCGUUUUCAAAUUCAAAAACAGAACUUCUGCUGAGAGUGACAUCAAUUGAACUCAACACAGUAGAGCAUUAUGUCUAUAACAGGACAGACCCAGUCCUGAGACAAGCCCUACAAACUCAAAGGUGGUGGUCUUGGCAUCAUAAGAGGGACAAUACCUGCCUGGGGGGAGAAAUGUUCACACUUGUAUGUGUGGUUCUGGUUUGCGUGUUUCCCACAGUUGUUAGUGGUAACAUUGUCCUUAUCUUAAACCUAGAGAACUUGGUGGUGUACACUCUGAAACUUAUCUUUCUGCCUAUCACAUAGUCCCUGUUCUUGAAGUGACUGUAAUAUAAAUGCAAAUGAAAAAAGUCUGUGACUGAUGACUAUGAAUGGGAAUGGUAGGGAAUUGAAUGAUUCCGGUUCCCUAAAGAUUCAAUUAACAACUCAUUUAGCACUUUUGAGGACGAAAACCGUGUGACACAUUGGGGCAUAAACGUAUGCCCUGUUCUUUGCAUGUGCUUGGCACUCUAGAUCACAAAUUGUCCGUGUAUGUCAUCUUUUUAGAUCGUUCGCUUCUACAAGUCCAGUGUAGAUGGCCUUAAGCCAUUGCAGAGCGACAGGUAUACACAGGGUGUUAUGUACACAAUACAGUAACAUUGUCAGCUCAUUUCUAACUGGUUCAGAAUAUCAAGAACUGCUCUGACCAAUUCAGUGACUGAACGAGUCAUUCAAACUGAUAAAUGAUUUGUGAGUCUUGACCGAUUCAUUGAAACAUGUGAUUUGUUCAUGAAUCGUAACAUACUGUUAAUAGUAAUUUAGUAGUGUUCCAAUAACUGUAAUAAGAAUGCACACAUUAAAGAAAAGUUCACAGAACCAAACAUCAUGAAAAUGAGGUAUCAGUAUCUUUUUUUUCUAUGGUUCUGAUAAGAAUCUGUUUCUAAAUUCCUAGCCAUACAAAUGACAGAACAACAGAUUACGGUACAAGAGAUGUUUAAACUGUUGGGAAAACUUGCGAGGUCACCUGAAAAGUACACAAGCAGUUGGCCGAUCCAUCAAUGUUUGUGUAGUAAAAGAUAAACACAUUUGAUGAACCGUCUACUCACAUGUACUGCAGGAGGGACCUGGGAAAAAUCUGAAAGAAAACUGAGAAACUGAGAUCUUAAGAAUUCAUGAAUGUAUGAGGUGUAUUUUCUCUUGGUUUCAACUAAGAAAUAAAAAAACACUGUUUUUUAGAGUGCCAGUUGGUUUCAUACGAGACUAUUACGUUAUUUUACAAUUUACAAUUUACCAAAAGGAUUGAGCCAGAGGGGCACUGUGCUUUUGAGCAGUGGCAUUUAGGGUUAAC